AUGGUUGGUGGAGAGGGACCAGGAAGAAUCAUGAGCAACGUCGGCUAUGAGCUGAAAGACAUGUCUGGAGAGCCUCUCCUUCAGGGCUCUCCCCUCUUUCCAGUCUUUGCAAACCUCUUCAUGGAAUUGUUCGAGUCCGAGCUUCUCCCUUCCAUCUUCCUUCGUCCGCACCAACGCUGCGAGAUAUGUAAUGUGUGGCGUCAACAAAACACGGUUUGGGGUAUGGUGUUUCCUGAAACAGAUCCCUUCUAUCUUAUUCGGGACAACAGCCCCAUACAAUCUUUGACAUCCGUGCUGUCAAGGAUUGGUUUCGUGAAUAUCCCGCUUGUGUCUCAUCCACCCAAAUCUCCGGAUUUCAACCCAAUUGAAAGCGAGUGGACAACCAUGUCAAAAUACAUGAAUCAAGACCACACUCGUAAUCGUGUCGCGGCUGUGGAUAAUGCCUUGCAAGCAGAGGAAAUUAGGUCUGGUCGAUAUACUCAAGCCACGACUUCUCCCACCCAGGAUUGUCUCGUGAAGAGGCAACCUGAUGGGCUGGGUCAUCCAACAGGAUCACGCAAACCUCGCAAAGCUUGGAUUUCGGAGGAGACACUUAAACUAGCUGAUAAGAAACGCAAGAUCAAGAACACCAUAACAACAUCAAAUAACAACCGUGAUGAAUACAGGAAAAUAUGCAAUGAAGUUAGAAAGGCAGCUAGACAAGACAAAGAAAAUGAAGAAGUCCUCAGCCGCUGGACCUCUUACUGUGAGACACUCUACAAAUCAAAUCUAGAUGAUCGAUCCAGGAUACAAGAGCUAGAUGAAAUCUCCCCUCCCCUCGACGACACAGAAGACCUCAUACUCAUUGAUGAAGUCCGGAAAGCCAUCAAACAACUUAAACAUCACAAAAGCCCAGGAACAGAUGACACGCAAGCUGGUUUCAGACACGACAGAAGUACGGUCCAACAGAUACUUAUCCUUAGGCUAAUAGCGGAAAAAGCAUUCAGGAAGAACAUCACGAUCUACAAUUGCUUUAUUGACUUCCAAAAAGCUUUUGACACCAUCGAUCACGACACCAUAUGGGCUGUGCUUAGAUCUUACGGAGUCGAGCCUAAACUAAUACGUGUACUCAAACACGUCUAUGACAGCUCAAAAGCAGCAGUUCGCAUAGGAAAUGAUAUUGGAGAUUGGUUCCAACAAGAAAAAGGCUUGAGACAGGGAGAUCCAAUAUCACCCACCAUCUUCAUCGUCUAUCUAGAAAGAAUAAUGGAAGAUAUCCAAAACAACACCAGUGGAUUCAACAUAUCAGGCCAAACCAUCAACAACCUGCGAUUUGCUGAUGAUAUAGACCUCAUUGAACUCGACACACGCAGCCUCGAACGAAGCACUUACAUCGUCAAUAGGGAAGGUAAAAGAACUGGUUUGCUGAUCAAUGCCGACAAAACUAAGACCAUGGCCUUUGGCACAAACAACAACAUCAACAUUAAGGUAGAAGACAAAGACAUCCAAUGUGUAGAGGAAUUUGAAUAUCUGGGAAGUCUUUUCACAAGUGACAACGACAUCAGUAGAGAGAUCAAGACACGGAUAGGAAAAGCUUGUGGUGCUAUGGGUGGGUUUAACAAGAUAUGGAAUAGCAAAGUGAUAAGUAUCACUACCAAGAUCCAGAUACUGCGAACUUGCGUAUUCAGUAUUCUUCUCUACGCCGCGGAGUCCUGGACUCUGAACAAACAAGAUCGCAACAAAUUACUUGCCUUUGAAAUGAACUGCUACCGAAGAAUCCUCAACAUCAAAUGGUUUGACAGAAUAACCAACAUCAGCAUCCGUGACAGACUAAAAUGUCAUGAAACGAUUGUUCAAAUCAUUAUCAAAAGGAAGAUGGGCCUGUUCGGACAUAUUUGCCGCAAGGACGACGACAGACUGGUUAAAAACACGGCUUUUGGUAUAGCAGAAGGCACCAAUAGAAGAGGUCGCCCUAGACGUGAGUGGCUCGACGACAUCAAAGACUGGAGCCAAAGUAGAAUUGCCAGCCUUUUCCAUACUGCGCAAAACAGAGCCAAUUGGAGAACUCUAGUCAAGCAAGCUGUAGACACCAACGGGCAUUGGUCCCAUGGAGAUUAA